AUGGAAGACACUGCAUUUGAGAAAGGAAAAGGAAAGGGAGUUGAAAGCGAAUCAAAGCCUCAAAAAAUUAGAUUCACCCUCACUUCCACAAAGCUACAAGUUUUGGAGAACAGUAACCAAUAAUUAGUGACAUCCAAGCUCAUCUCUUCUGCUAACUCCCCCCUCAGUGAGCAAGUAAAUCAUUGGGAGAAUCUUUUUUUUCUAAAAAAAAAUUCUGGAUGAGCAAAAAAUUUGUUUUUAUAUCAAUAUUUUAUGAAAAAUAUUUUGAUAUACAAGUGAUAAUUAUUAAAAUUAAAUCUCAUUCUAUAGCUUGUAUUUAAACAUAAUUUUUAUAAAUUAAUUUUAAUUUUUCUUUCCUAUUUUUCUAAACUGGAUAUAUUAAAUUUUAAAAAAAAUUUAAUAUAAAUAUUAUAUGUAUAAAAUUUUUUUAAAGCAAACUAACUUAGUGAACUCACAAAAUUUUUUAUUCGGUUAUGUAAGAAGGAAAACCUCAAGACCUACGGUCCAGUGAGACUUCCAACUAAGAUCUUGCGCAUAACAGUCAGAAAAAGUCCUUGCGGAAACGGAACCUCAACAUUUGAUAGACUAGAAAUGAGAAUCCACAAACGAGUUGUCACCUUGAUCUGCCCAACUGAUUUCAUCAAAAAAGUGACUGAUUUUAAUAUCGACCCUGGUGUGGAAGUAGAGCUUCAUUUCACAGAGUUCUAA